AUGAGAAGAGGCACGGCCGGGGGCAGCCGCGGGUGCGUUCGGUGUGCCGCACCGCGUGCACUGCCGUACCGCGUUCCCGUUAUUGAGCUUGACUUCGACCAGUUACCUGAGGGUGAUGAGGUUAUAAGUAUACUGAAACAGGAACAUACUCAGCUGCACAUAUGGAUUGCCUUAGCGCUGGAAUACUACAAACAAGGAAAAACAGAAGACUUUGUGAAGCUGUUGGAAGCUGCACGCAUAGAUGGUAACUUGGACUACAGAGACCAUGAGAAAGAUCAAAUGACAUGUCUGGAUACUCUGGCAGCGUACUAUGUACAGCAGGCUCGGAAGGAGAAGAACAAAGAUAACAAGAAGGAGCUCAUUACACAGGCUACCUUGCUCUAUACUAUGGCCGACAAAAUUAUCAUGUAUGAUCAGAAUCACUUGUUGGGAAGAGCCUGCUUUUGUCUGCUUGAAGGUGAUAAGAUGGACCAAGCUGAUGCACAAUUCCACUUUGUGCUGAACCAGUCUCCAAAUAAUAUCCCUGCCCUCCUCGGUAAAGCAUGCAUUUCUUUCAACAAGAAAGAUUAUAGAGGAGCCCUUGCCUACUACAAGAAAGCAUUGCGUACCAAUCCAGGUUGCCCAGCUGAGGUUCGAUUAGGAAUGGGCCACUGCUUCGUGAAACUGAACAAGCUGGAAAAAGCUCGCUUAGCGUUCAGCAGGGCUCUGGAGCUAAACUCAAAAUGCGUGGGGGCUUUGGUGGGACUGGCUGUUCUGGAACUCAAUAAUAAAGAGGCGGAUUCCAUCAAGAAUGGUGUUCAGCUCCUCUCUAGGGCUUACACAAUCGAUCCGAGUAAUCCCAUGGUGUUGAACCACUUGGCUAAUCAUUUCUUCUUCAAGAAGGACUAUGGUAAAGUACAACACUUGGCUCUUCAUGCUUUCCAUAAUACCGAAGUUGAAGCAAUGCAGGCAGAGAGUUGUUACCAGCUGGCUAGGUCUUUUCAUGUACAGGAAGAUUAUGAUCAAGCUUUCCAGUAUUAUUACCAGGCCACUCAGUUUGCCUCAUCUUCUUUCGUACUUCCAUUUUUUGGAUUGGGUCAAAUGUACAUUUAUCGAGGGGACAAAGAGAAUGCGUCACAAUGCUUUGAGAAAGUUUUGAAAGCCUAUCCUAACAAUUAUGAGACUAUGAAAAUCCUUGGAUCUCUUUAUGCGGCAUCAGAAGACCAGGAGAAACGGGAUAUUGCAAAGGGACAUCUGAAGAAAGUCACAGAACAAUAUCCUGAUGACGUAGAGGCAUGGAUUGAGCUAGCCCAAAUUCUGGAACAGACUGAUAUACAGGGUGCACUGUCAGCCUAUGGUACAGCCACACGCAUUCUGCAAGAGAAAGUACAGGCUGAUGUCCCACCAGAGAUUUUGAAUAAUGUGGGUGCUCUGCACUUCAGGCUGGGAAACCUAGGAGAAGCAAAGAAAUACUUUUUGGCAUCGCUGGAUCGUGCAAAAGCAGAAGCUGAACAUGAUGAGCACUAUUACAAUGCUAUCUCUGUAACAACGUCCUAUAACCUCGCCAGACUCUAUGAGGCUAUGUGUGAAUUUCAUGAAGCGGAAAAACUCUAUAAAAACAUUUUAAGAGAACAUCCUAAUUACGUUGAUUGCUACUUGCGCUUGGGAGCUAUGGCUAGGGAUAAAGGAAAUUUUUAUGAGGCUUCUGAUUGGUUUAAAGAAGCACUUCAGAUAAAUCAGGACCAUCCAGAUGCUUGGUCUCUGAUUGGCAAUCUUCAUUUGGCUAAACAAGAAUGGGGUCCAGGACAGAAGAAAUUUGAAAGGAUAUUGAAACAGCCCUCCACACAAAAUGAUACUUACUCCAUGCUGGCUCUUGGCAACGUCUGGCUACAGACACUACACCAACCUACAAGGGACAGAGAAAAGGAGAAGCGUCAUCAAGACCGUGCAUUGGCAAUCUACAAGCAAGUACUCAGAAAUGAUCCAAAGAAUUUGUAUGCUGCUAAUGGCAUAGGAGCUGUCUUGGCACAUAAAGGAUAUUUCCGUGAAGCUCGUGAUGUUUUUGCCCAAGUGAGAGAGGCAACAGCAGAUAUCAGUGAUGUGUGGCUGAAUUUGGCACAUAUCUACGUAGAACAGAAACAGUACAUCAGUGCUGUGCAGAUGUAUGAAAACUGCCUCAGGAAGUUCUAUAAGCAUCAAAAUACUGAAGUAUUACUAUAUUUGGCCCGGGCGCUCUUCAAAUGUGGGAAAUUACAGGAAUGCAAACAAACUUUGUUAAAGGCCAGGCAUGUAGCGCCAAGUGAUACAGUCCUUAUGUUUAAUGUGGCUUUAGUGCUCCAAAGACUAGCUACCUCUGUCCUGAAAGAUGAAAAAAGCAAUCUAAAGGAGGUGCUUAAUGCUGUGAAAGAACUGGAGCUCGCCCACAGGUACUUUAGUUACUUGAGUAAAGUAGGUGAUAAGAUGAGAUUUGACUUGGCACUUGCUGCUACAGAAGCCAGGCAGUGCUCUGACUUACUGAGUCAAGCCCAGUAUCACGUGGCUCGGGCACGCAAACAGGAUGAAGAAGAGAGGGAGCUGCGUGCAAAGCAAGAGCAAGAGAAGGAGCUGCUUCGCCAAAAACUACUUAAAGAACAGGAAGAGAAGCGCCUAAGAGAAAAAGAAGAACAGAAAAAACUUCUGGAACAAAGAGCUCAAUAUGUGGAGAAAACCAAGAAUAUUCUGAUGUUCACUGGUGAAGUAGAAGGAUCAAAGGAGAAGAAACGUGGUGGUGGCGGAGGCAGGCGUUCCAAAAAAGGAGCAGGGGAGUUUGAUGAGUUUGUCAACGAUGACAGUGAUGAAGAUCUGCCCGUGUCUAGAAAGAAAAAGAAGAGGAAGGGCAGUGGUAGUGAACAAGAUGGGGAAGAAGAGGAGGGUGAGAGAAAGAAGAAGAAGAGGAGGAGACCCCAGAAGGCGGAUGAGGGGAGUGAUGAUGAAGAACAUGAAAACGGUCCAAGACCUAAAAAACGACGUCCACCCAAAGCAGAGAAGAAGAAGGCUCCCAAACCAGAACGUCUGCCUCCUUCGAUGAAAGGAAAGAUCAAAUCAAAAGCCAUCAUUUCAUCAAGUGAUGAUUCUUCUGAUGAGGAUAAACUCAAAAUUGCUGAUGACGGACACGCUAGGAAUAGCAACAGCGAUUCAGACGAUGGGGAACAGCAGCACAGUAAACGCAUCGUUUCAGACAGCGAUUCUGACCACAGAAACAAAUCCGGUAGCGAGGCAGGGAGUCCGAAGAGGUCCAGUGUCCACCCCUCUGAGGAAGAUUCUGACAGUGACCGGCCGGCCAGGAAAAGGAGGCGGUCAGAUUCGGAGCAGUCUGACAACGAGUCUGUACAGUCAGGGAGAAGUCGUUCCGGUGGGUCAGAGAAUGAAUCGCGCCCGGCUUCUCGCAGUGCUGACUCAGACAGAGAUUCUGAGAGAGGGUCUGACAACGAGGGUUCUGGCAGGGGCUCUGGCAAUGAAUCCGAACCAGAAGCAUCGAAUGAUGAGGGGUCUGAAGGUGGUUCAGAUGACAGCGAUUAGGUCUAAGUUACAGAUCAUCCUUUUAAAAUGUUCAUGUAAAUAUGUUUCAGUUAUAGGGAAAGUUCAAUUUUUAUAUUUUAAAACUGUGAUUUAAAGAAAAAAAAAAAACUUCAUGUUUUAGUUAACUGUUGUGAGACCUUUCUGUGAUUCUUUCUAUUAGCAACUAAUGCCUGUUUCUCUAGGUUGGCUUAUACUGUAUUCUUAAGUUGAAACUGCUGUAGAUGAAGAACAGCACUGUACUAUAAUCAGCACACCGAGGAGGGAAUGCAUGUAAAAACUAUGGAACAUAAAAAUCUGUUUAGGUGAUUCCGAUGUGGCUAAAACGUGUGUUCUGUGCUUAUACAUGCAUAGGUGGAUCUUAAAAUCCUACCAAAUGGAAUAAAGAGCUGUGGAUAUUUAUCUUUUUCCUCAUUCUGAAUAAAAGGUCAGUAGGGAGGUUUUUCUUACUUUCUAUUAAAGAAUACGUUUCUCAUGAUGCAACUCCUUAUGUUUCCAAAAGUUUCUUCUCUCGCUUCUGUUUGUUAAAUUAGGUGAAAAGAUGCAGAUAUUAAAGAGACUAUAAAGUAACAGUGCAGAUGUAGGUGAACUACUUAUUUGGUAGGUAAAAAAAAAUGAGAACUACAUAUUACUUGAGAAGGGUAAAGCUGCCAGUGUCACAGUAAACUUCCUGUUUAUUUCCUUGGAGUGAUUUGCCUCUUAAAAGGUAUAAACAGAAACCCUGAAAAUGUUAAAUUUGACACAAGAAUGUGUUUUGAGGAAGUAGUCUUAACAUUAUUUUAGCUUAAGUACCUGGCUUUUGGAAUUAAGUUUGUUUGUAUAAUGUGUUCAGCAGGAACAACAAUGAAAAAUUGAUGUGUUUUAGACUAAAGUGAAUCUGAUUUCUCCCUGCAGUUUUGGAAAAAAAAAAAAAAAAAGUCAUGUUUUGCACCAGUUUUUUCACUGGUCAUGAAGUCUGAUGUUAAGCAUUUGCUAAGAGGAGGUUAUGUAGAUCUGGUCAGUAUAUUACUGUGGAUGUGGAUAGACUGUUGCUUUGGUUUUGGAAGGUCUGGAUCGUCACUACUGAUAGUUCACUUCAAGUACAAACUGAAAGUUAAGUUUCCCAUGCUGCUAUUUCUGGUUUGCUGUGAGCGUUAGCUGUUCUCGUUGCGUAUGUGUUUUUCAUGUGUUUACAGGCUGUUGGUAACCAUAACAGACAAAACCGAAUGUAGAACAGUUGAGACGUCUCUCUUUGUGGUCAGUUUGGUAUCAAGUUUCUAUAUGUGGUCUUACCUAAAACGUACAUGCUUGAUAACAGACAGCUCUCAUGCUUGUUGGGAUUAGAGCGAAACUGAAUCUUAAUUCAGUCUUCUUGUUGAUAUAGUCACUUCAGUGGAAGAUUUGCGGCAGUCCAAGGCUGAAAGCUAGGUAGCUUUGAAAACAUACACGUGAGGAAUAUUUGCGGCCCUUGUAGGAAAUGAUUCUCCUGUUGAUAGAAUCGUGACCCGGGUCUCACCUCUCUCAGAAUCGCAAGGCAGCACUGGAUAGAUGAGGUAUGUACGCUUCAUGUCACGCUGCUUCACUUACGAAGCUAUAAAGUAGCAUGAGGAAAUCAAUGCAUCUGAAGAAAACUAACACAUGCAAGGUGAAACAAAUGGAGCACUGGCAGCAAUGUCAAGUAUGGGAGUAACCAGCUUUUAGCAAUGGGAAGGAAAAAGGAAAACGUACAGUACUUACUAUGGGACUUUAGUGGAGAUGUAUUGGAGGCAGAAAAAUGUUUCUGUCGUAGCCUUCUUAUGUUAUUAAUAGCAUCUUUCUUACGAAAGGUCUGAAGGUCUUGGUUUGGUGCUGUAUGAAGCAAAAUGUAUUUUCUGUAGGUGAAAGUUAGCUCCAGAUAAAGUGCUGAGUGGCUCUUCAGAUCAAACAUCCAGUUGGAGAGAAAUAUUUUCAGUAAGUGUAAAAUUAAAGGGGUUUCCAUACAUGUAUUGUCUGAAAAGUAAGUGGAUUUUUUGAGACUUCCACAGUCAGGAGGCCUGUAAGAAGAGGUUAUAACUUGAAAGGGUUCAAAAUGCAUGAUAUCCAAGAGGCCA